AGGAGCUGCUGGGCGGUGGGAGCGCCUCCGACCCCCCUCCCCGGCCCGCUCUCCGCUCGCCGCCCCCCCACGCGCCACCUCCCGCUCCCCCCACCCCGGCCCGCUCUCUCCUCCCUUUCCUCGAGGAGCGCAAACAGUUGGGCGAAAAAGUGGAGCAGCCGGCAGGCUUCGAUGCUGCUGCUGCCGCCGACGCCGCCACUGCUGCUGCCCGCGAUCCCGGCGCAAGCAUGGCCGUGUCGUCGCCCCCGAUCAUCCCGGCAACUUCCAGCGGCACCGGCGGCGCCAGCAGCAGCGCCAGCAGCAGCACCGCCGGCGGCUCGGGGGGCUUGUUCCGGGCCGAGCCGCUCUACUCCUCCAGCCCCGCCGAGUCGCCCCGGCUGACCAGCAGCCUCAUCCACAGCUUCAUCGCCGGCACUGGCGGCAGCGCCGGCAGCAACAGCGGCGGCGGCGCGGGCAACGGGAGUGCAGCCGGCGGCGGCGGAGCGGGAGGCGGCAGCGGCGGAGGUCCCGGCGGCGGCGGCGGCGGCAACGAGUGCAAGAUGGUCGACCUGCACGGGGUGAAGGUGGCCUCCUUCCUGGUGGACGGGCAGGAGCUGAUCUGCCUGCCGCAGGUCUUCGACCUCUUCCUCAAGCACCUGGUCGGCGGGCUGCACACGGUCUACACCAAGCUCAAGCGGCUGGACAUAUCGCCGGUGGUCUGCACGGUGGAGCAAGUGCGCAUCUUGCGCGGGCUGGGCGCCAUCCAGCCGGGCGUCAAUCGCUGCAAGCUCAUCACCAGGAAGGACUUUGAAACUUUGUACAACGAUUGCACCAAUGCCAGUUCACGACCGGGGAGACCCCCCAAGCGCUCUCUGGGGGUUGCGAUACAGGAGAGCACACGCCUUCUGCCCCACGGAGUGCCCGGCCUCUUAUCACCAGGACUUAUCUCCCCAACAGUGUUUUUCUUUCCAGAUAUAAGAACUUUGUUUUUCCCUGAUGAAACCCACAUAAAGUUUGCAGAGCUCAAGAGUCUCCAAAUACAAGGUCUAACGGCAGCUGCGAUGGCCGAAGCGAUGAAAUUACAGAAGAUGAAGCUGAUGGCCAUGAACAGCCUCCACCACGGAAGCGGGAGUCAGAAUGGGACUGAAUCGGAGAAUGAAGAGCUCAAUUCCAAUGCAGGUGGAAGUGAAUCCUCAUGGGAUAAGGAGAAACUUCAGUCGCCCAUCACAACAGGAUCCCAUCACGGAGUUAGCCAUGCAACCCUGUCAGGACAGCCGAGUCUGGGUAGUGCCCAUCCUCUCAGUCCUCUGCAGCAGAAUCAUCUGCUCACUAACAGGAUAGAUCUGCCGUUCAUGAUGAUGCCCCAUCCGCUUCUUCCAGUUGGCCUACCUCCUGCUUCUGUGGCCAUGGCAAUGAAUCAAAUGAACCACCUCAACACCAUAGCCAACAUGGCAGCAGCAGCUCAGAUGCACAGCCCUCUUUCCAGAGCUGGCGCUUCGGUUAUCAAGGAGAGGAUUCAAGACAGCCCUUCACCUGCCCCAUCCGUGGAAGAGAGUCAAAGACCCGGGAGUCAUGCCUCGUCACAUCAAAGUAGUAGUGUUUCCAGUUCUCCAUCGCAACUUGACAACAUGCCAGACAGAAUUGCUAUGCUGUCCAAUACUAGAGAAGGAGAACCUGUGGAUCAAGAACGUGGUCCUCACCCCAAAAAACUCCCAAAGGAAAAAGAAGAAGUCCAGAUUGCCAUCCCAAUAAUGAAGCCCUCCUUAGACAAAGUCCAACUGGCUGGACAGACCUUACCGCCUGGCUUUCCAGCACCUUUUCUCUUUGCUGAUGGGUUGUCAUCAGUAGAAACUCUAUUAACCAAUAUACAGGGCUGGCAUGUGCCUGUUUUACAGGGGUUGCUGAAAGUAGCUGUAGAUAAUGCCCGAGUACAAGAAAAACAGAUCCAGCAGGAAAAGAAGGAGUUGAAGAUGGAGUUGUGUCGGGAGCGGGAACUGAGAGAAAGCCUGGAAAGGCAACUCACAGCUGAGCUGCAAAGCAGAGCAACAAUUCAGAAGCGGUUGAAGAAAGAGAAGAAAGCCAAGAGGAAAUUGCAGGAAGCCCUUGAGUUUGAAUCCAAGAGGAGGGAACAAGUUGAGCAAGCACUUAAACAGGCUUCGUCGGGCGAUGGUCUCAGGAUGCUAAAUGAUGCUGGGAUCCCAGAUAUGGAAGUGGAACACAAUGGAACCCAACAUGACAGUGCGACAAUGCAAGAAAACAGAACAUACAUCAAACCUACCCUUAUGUACUGAAGCCGGUUGAUAUGAAGAGUAGGGGCAGGGGAAAUGGUCAUGAUCCGAAGACUAUGUAAGCUCAUGAAAGAAGCCUCGUUGAACCUUGGAUGCCUUCAGUGCUGUGUGAAGAAGCGUCGAGACCUGGACCAUGCCAAGCAAUUUACUCUUCCCGUGAUGAAAACUGCCGAAAUGUCAUUGAGAAAUAUUGAGCCGUCUUACAGACUUUCCACAUCAAACCAAACCUCUUGCAGCAGAUUUUAGGUCCCAGAGGAUAGAGGCGUUUAAAAAGAGAUGAAAAGAGAGAGAGAAAAGUUUUAGUAUUUUUAAGCACAUACAGGAAUGAUUCCCCAAAAGAACUAACUUUUUUUUUCUUUUUUUGAAGGAGUUAGCUUUUACUGUAUCGCAAUGGCACAAUGAAUUUCAUAAGCCGCAAAGGUUUCCACUGGCUGUAUGUCUUACAUGUCCAGUUUUAUCACUGAAACUGUUCAACACAGAGCCGUUUCAAUUGUGUUUAUAAAUUUAAGCUUUGUUUACUGAAGCUGAAACUCAAUAUAUAUUACGUUUUGAAGAGAAAAGUGUGUACAUUUUUUAACAUGAUGAUGUAAAAAAAAUAUCCUCUCCUUAGAUGACCAGUUUGGGAAGUUAAACGGGAUCCCCACUAGCCGACGUGAUGAAGGGAUUAUAAAUCUUUUUUUUUCUUUCCAAAUUCUCAGUUUCGCUCGGCUUUUGGUCUUUUCAAAUGUGGUGGGGAAGGAAAGGACAAAUAUCCGGUAGAAUGUUAGAUAAUGGAAACUUUAAAGUAUAGUUUCUCUGUUGUACCAUAUUAAGUUAAAAGUACACAUUCUUUGUUAAAAUGUUCUUGCUAAAAACUACAGUAUUAAAAAACAUUUUGUUUGA